CAGGGCGGGGCCGGUCGGUGAGUCAGCGGCUCUCUGAUCCAGCCCGGGAGGGGACCGAGCUGGAGGAGCUGGGUGUGGGGUGCGUUGGGCUGGUGGGGAGUCUGAGAACAAACAGGGUCUGAUUGGGCUUGUGUUGCGCUGAAGGGACAGCCCUGGGUCUAGGGGAGAGAAUCCCUGAGUGUGAGACCCGCCUUCCCCAGCCCCAGCCCCUCCCAGUUCCCCCAGCGACGGCCACUUCCUGGUCCCCGACGCAACCAUGGCUGAAGAACAACCGCCGGUCGAAUUGUUCGUGAAGGCUGGCAGUGAUGGGGCCAAGAUUGGGAACUGCCCCUUCUCCCAGAGACUGUUCAUGGUCCUGUGGCUCAAGGGAGUCACCUUCAACGUUACCACAGUUGACACCAAGAGGCGGACCGAGACAGUGCAGAAGCUGUGCCCAGGAGGGCAGCUCCCAUUCCUGCUGUAUGGCACUGAAGUGCACACAGACACCAACAAGAUUGAGGAAUUUCUGGAGGCAGUGCUAUGCCCUCCCAGGUACCCCAAGCUGGCAGCUCUGAACCCUGAGUCCAACACAGCUGGGCUGGACGUAUUUGCCAAAUUUUCUGCCUACAUCAAGAAUUCAAACCCAGCACUCAAUGAUAGUGAGUCUUGUGGGUCAGAGGCUUGGGUCCUGGGAGGAAGAGAGGACCCAGUGGGUGGGAGACAUUAGGGACACCUGGAAGUUCAGAUAUAGGGAGAUGAAACAGAUGUUGGUAAAUCUCCCCCAGCUUCCCAUUUUUCCUUUACCUCUAUAUUUCCCUGAAGUUUCAUUGUCCAAGACUUUUAAACCUUUCUCAUUUGUCCCCUAGCCUCUUCUGCCCCACUGGGGACAUUAGUUGGUUGCUGGCCUAUUUUCUGGCAGAAUAGAGUUGUGCUUAAGAACAGUCAUCACUCUACAUCCAGACUACCUGAGUACAAAUCCAACUAGCUGUAUAACUUUAAGCAUUCAUUUCACCUUUCUGUAAGUCCAUUUCCAGAUCC